AUGUCCUCUGAAGAAGCUAUCAACAAGCAACUUGUCGAACUCCAAGAAGAGACUGAAAAGACUGAGCGCGAGCUUCAAGCCCACAUGCGCAAUAAAAUGGCCCCCAUCUGGAACAAGAGACGUGACAUUGUCAAGCAGAUUCCCAACUUUUGGACUCGCGUCAUUGAGAACGCUCCUUUUAUGAUGGAGCAUGAGAAUGAUAUCGAGGCUUUGGGCAACCUUGUGGAUUUCCACGUUGAGUUCGAUGAAAAGCGCCCCGAUUACCGCAAGGUCAUUGCUACCUACAAGAAGAAUGAUGUCUUCAAGAACGAAACCUUGACCAAGGAAUUCAUUGUUGAUGAUGACAACCAAGGCGAGGUUAUUAGCAAGAGCACCAUUGAUUACCAUCCUGGCAGGGAACCCAAGAAGAGCAACAAGCGUAAGGCUGACGAUGAUGAGGAUGAUGAUGAUUUCAAUACUUCCCUUUUGGAUUGGUACACCAAUGAUGAUCUCAUCAUGGGCAAGAUUCUUGCUGAUGACAUCUUUGUCAACGCUAUGGACUAUUUCAAUGUUGACGAUGAUGAGGAAGAAGAUGACGAGGAGGGCAAGGAAUACAGCCUUGGAGAAUCCGAUGAGGAUGAAGAAGACGAAGAGCCUAGCAAGAAGAAGGCCAAGAAAUAA